AUGGAGGGGGGAGAAUGGAGCAAUUUUAAUGCUGCUGUAUGUGUUAAUGAAGAGGCUGAUUUUAUGGCCCAAUUAUUUCCUAAAAACUCUAAUGAAGUUAAUUACAAUCAUAAUCAUGAUGGUUGUAAAUUUAGUUAUAAUUAUAAUUAUAAUAAUAGUAAUGUGGAAGGUGGAUCAUCAUAUUAUUCUUGUGAUUCUACCUCUAAUUCACAAAAUGUGUAUUAUUCUCAAGAAAAUAAUUAUCACAAUUAUUUUAGUGAUAAUAAUAAUGAUAAUAUACCCAUUGAUUUCCUCCAUUGUCAUAUGGAUGAUGAUCAAAAUGGAAUGAAUUUAUUAGAUUUGAAUGAAGAUCAGUCUGAAAUAGACGAAAAGUCCAAAAAUAUACUCGGAUCAUCGGUUUUAGAGGUGCAUAAAGGAAAGAAGAACAAGAAAGUGAAGAGAAGUGGGAGUAGUAUAUCAUUAGUGGGAGAUGAUGAUGAGGAAAAUAAGAGAGAUGUGGUGCAUAGAAGGAGUAGUAGUAGUGGGAGUUUAGAGGAUGAUUGCAGCUCCAAAGGGAUUAGUACGACAACGACAACGACAACAGGAACCAAGACAACUCUUAAUGGUAAAACGAGAGCUAGCCGAGGUUCCGCCACCGAUCCUCAAAGUCUUUAUGCAAGGAAAAGGAGAGAAAGGAUUAAUGAGAGAUUGAGAAUUUUACAGAGCCUCGUGCCUAAUGGAACCAAGGUUGAUAUUAGCACCAUGCUAGAAGAAGCUGUGCAUUAUGUAAAGUUUUUGCAGCUUCAAAUCAAGCUACUAAGCUCGGAUGAACUAUGGAUGUAUGCUCCAAUUGCUUACAAUGGAAUGAAUAUUGGUUUGGACUUUCCUAUUAACAUUCCAAGAUGA